AGAGAGAGGGAGAGACUGACAGAGAAAGAAAGAAAGAGAGAGAGGGAGAGAGAGAGUCUGCUGUGGUGGUGUUGGGAAUCGGACGACAUGAGCUCUACAUGAAACGAGUAAAAUGCUCUAAGACGCUUUCGGCGUUUGUCUUUCAUCCUUCCGAACCAAGGACGAGCCAGAAGCGGAGCCGUUCUUCACGAUCAGUCUUUGUGCUGAGCAAACUGGCUGCUGGCUGUAGCUUACUCUGAGAAAGAAUCAGAAGAAUCGGUGUUUGGAUUCACUGGAAGGACAGUAGCUGUAUCAGGGGACAAUAAUCCAGAAAGUGUAAGACUAUCUUAAACCCGAGGGGACAGAAUGCCAGAACAGAGCAACGACUAUCGUGUGGUGGUGUUCGGUGCUGGGGGAGUAGGGAAGAGCUCCCUGGUUCUGCGCUUUGUCAAAGGCACAUUCAGGGACACCUACAUCCCCACGGUGGAGGACACCUAUCGCCAGGUGAUCAGCUGUGAUAAGAGCGUGUGCACCCUCCAGAUCACAGACACAACAGGCAGUCACCAGUUCCCUGCCAUGCAGCGCCUUUCCAUCUCUAAAGGCCACGCCUUCAUCCUGGUCUACUCGAUCACAAGCAGACAGUCCCUGGAGGAGCUCAAACCCAUUUACCAACAGGUCCUGGCUAUAAAGGGCAAUGUUGAGGCUAUCCCAAUCAUGCUUGUGGGAAAUAAAAGUGAUGAGACCCAGCGAGAGGUGGAAACCAAGGACGGAGAGGCCCAGGCCAACCAGUGGAAGUGCGCCUUCAUGGAAACAUCAGCUAAGACCAACCACAACGUAACCGAGCUCUUUCAAGAGCUGCUCAACCUGGACAAGAAGAGGAACAUGAGCCUCAACAUCGACGGCAAGCGCUCUGGGAAGCAAUCCCGUGCCGAGAGACUGAAGGGCAAAUGCAGCGUGAUGUAAAAUCCAAGAGAGGAAAGGGAAGGGAGGUGGAGGAGAGAGAGGGAGAUGAAAUACGGAGAAGUAAAGAAGGAGGACGCCAGACACCAAACGUACCAUUCAGAGCAACAAGGUUUUUAACGGCAGCGGGGUUCUCAUCAUCGACACGCUCCUCUGUUUGACUGGUGCAUUCACAAACACAACUUACAUACAGGAAACGUUUCAGUUUGGAGCAUAAAUCCAUGCACAUCCUGCUAAACUGAGAAACUGAUGAGGUGACAAGUAGUGUGUGACACAGAUGAAUACAGAAAUGGCAGGGGUGUGGACUUUGCAUCCUCCAAGUGUCACAAAAACCUGGAUGGCGCACUCUUCGAGAACUUGGAUGAGAGUACUGACCACGAAGACCAGAAGUCCAUAAAAACACAGGUUUCUGAUCAGCGCAAAACCUUAAAUAUCUUCUCUCACUUCUGCACCUCCCUGCUCAGCUCACACUUCACCCUUCUCAUCUUUUUCAUACCCUCUAUUAUAUCAACUGUAGAGAAAUGUAAUGUACAAGUAAGCGAGUUCCGGAGCUCACUCAUCUGGUAGAGACCCUGUUGUAAGUGACUGAGGUGUCUUGUCAUGCUAGUACACAGAGGACUCAAAAGUUUGACACUGCUAGCAUGAAGCAUCACAGCAACAAAACACAUGACCCAGCCACACCCCAAGGACUUUGAUGUAUAUAAAUAUGGGAUAUUUACAUAUAUUCCAUCCAGUCUGCACAUCCUCAGCCCCAACUAGUAUAUGAUGUUGACUCAAGUUUGAUGCUCUGAAGCUCAAUUUUCAAUUGCCAUCGUCAUAUAAAAACACUUAUUUGCGUUUAUCCCACAAAUCCUUAUGGUAAAAGGUCAUCUAUGAACCCUUGAAAUGUCCUCAUCUGAUGUGGAGAAACAUCCAGCGGCAGGGGCUUCAUGCAUGCCAUUGAUACGACGCAACAAUCCUUUUAAGACUCUCAUCAAGUGUAGAAUAACUCUGGCUGAAAGGAAGCUGGACUCUCAUUAAAACAUGAAACAGAAAUACGAGUCUGCCUUGCCUACGAGGUUAAUACACUUAGAUAAUCAUUGCCAAGCUGGUAAGAUGAAAGAGAACUUUUGGUUCUGAGAAUGUCAGUUUGCUUUGGCACUUUUCAUGUGAGAGUUUCUCUUUUUGCCUUUUUUUUUCUAGUUUUCUUUAUGAUGCUCUUAUAAAGUUACAUUUAAACACAUCUCCUUUCACAAAAAGCACACAGGGGAGAAAAGGGGGAGGGUGGAUCUUUAAAGCUCCAUGCAGAUUAUCCAAUGCACCCUGAUGCAUCUCCGUACACUCAUCCCCUGUAACUCCAGGCAUCAGGAAACAGAAUGGGUCACAGAGAUGUGCAGACACAACACGCACAUGACGCAUCCAUGCAAAAAGAAAAGAAACACACACACAUUUAGCUCUCUGAUAGUCAAUCUGAGUAACAUCGUUGACUGAGUACAGGAAGAAGAACAGGGCUCACUCAGCCUAAAUGCCCUCACAUUGCACUUUAUAUCACCACACACAAUUUUAUUUGCCAUGUUUCCGCCUACAUGUGUAUUAAUAAUUAUCUCUGUUGUGCUGUAUGUCCAAAGUGCAUAUAUAUAUACCCUUUUUUUCAUGUAGGACCUCUAAAAUUGUACACAGUGUAUACAGAGCAGCCAAAAGCACAAUACUUUUUACCAACAUAUCUAAUUCUAUUUUUUUGUUUGUUCUUUUAUUGUAUUUGUGUGCAGUUUCCAUCCUUAGCUUUCAUUCACCAGUCCUGAACAUGGAUUGCAUAGGUAGCAUGAUCACAGGUAGCUCUCUGUCUUGAUGUAUGGCGCUUUAUUUUGUCUGGUUCUUGGCACAAUGAGGUUGUGGUUCUGCUGAACAACAGGGUAUUGUGAUGUGACCGGUUAGCUGUGGACACAAAGAGCGUAAACGUUAUGUAACAUCAACCCCCACGCCACCCCCACCGGAUCACAGGUUGUGGGACGACGAUGAGGGGUCAGAUUAUUUGUCUACUUUUCUCCAUCUCUCAGGCGGUUUUGACAACAAUUAGCGUGGCGGAUAAUCUGCUCCUGUACUGUUAAACCCAAAGACACAGAUGAUUACCCCUUUUAACCGUGUGUUCAUUUCUCCCAAAAAAAGGACGAAAAAAGAGAAAAAGCACAGCAACUAGUCUCGUCUGUCUCCUUCUCUGUCUUUAUGUGUGCAGCAGGAUCAACAACUGGGCACUUUAGGGUGACAUUUUACUUGAAGACUUGCUUAUUAAUCAGCGACGCCUCAUUCAUAAGUCCUACCUUUAUCAUUCAUGCCCACAAACCACUAUAAAAUGAUUUCAGUUGUGUAGAUAAGCAGAUGGAAAUUCACCGAAAUGUUCACAAGAGCUUCAAGUAAGAUGUUACCCAUGUAAAGAAAUACUGUACCCACUGUCUUUCUGGGAAAUGUUGUUACAGUAGAAGGUUCAGUGAGUGUUGCUAUGUACUGUAAUAUACGGCUUAAUAACGAUACUCAUGAUCUAUUGUAUUUGACGCAUCCACUCUUCAGAUCUAUCAAUUAGAUAGCACUAGCAAAAUGUGAAUAUGUAACUAAAAGUUCCACUCCAGGCUGUUAAUUUUGUUUUUCUGUUUAUUUUGAAAGCUGAAUGAAUCUGUUGUUAUUACUGUGUUGUACUUUGCACUAAUGUGAGGUCCUGUUAAACUCAAACAUUUAUAUUGUAAACAUACCCUUUACUUGUUAGAUGCCAGGGAUGCUCACUUGUACUCUCUUAUUUUCUUUUUUGAAAAUCUGUUUAAAUUCCAAAAACAAGAUGUGUAAAACAGAUAUAUAAGUUGUAUUUUAAUCACUUUCUUUUUUUUCCUUUUUUUUAUUAAUUCAUUUAUUUUUAACCUGCUCUAUAUAGAUGGAGUGCAACCUUCAGGUUGUGGCCAUUUGACGAGCUAAAAUUGAAAAAGAAAAACGUAAAAAUCGCCUUGCAAUGAUUUUCAGACCGAGUUCUUUUCUGGUCUGACGCAAAGCCACCGGCAGCGGUGCACACGCUGCAUAAAUAUCAGCUUGACACGUCUGGUUGCUUCACGCAAAUGCCAGAUUGUGUGCGCAUGUUUGUGCAAACUGUGGUUCUGCUGACGUUAACAGGAGACUGUCAUUGUUCAUGUCCCUGCAUGGAAUAUGAUACAACAGGGAAGGAAAAACAACAAUGAGGCAGCGUGAGAGAGCAUUAUGGACAACAAGCUGGAGCGAGGGGGGGGCGGCUGUGCUAUUAAUAGACAUAGAGCGAAUAUAUGAAGUUCAACUGCACUAGCCGUGGCCUGUAUAAGAAUCGUUCGAGCUUUCAUGUGGGAGCCUUGGAAAGAAGAUGGUGUGCAUGUGGAGUGUGUGAGCUAUUGAGUUUGUGGACUGUGUGAGUUAAGUGCUCGGAAGAAUCAGGACAGACACUUCUGCCCCUGUCCCUCCAUGGCGCGUCUCAUCUCAUUCAUCCAUGACCAUGUUCCCUGUUCUGUGUGUUUAACCGGGAGUGCAUUCAUGUACAUGCACAUCCAUCCACCUUUUUUUUUUUUUUCUUGUUAAUUCACUCUGGCCUGCACGGGUGUGUAUGUGCGCGUGCUUGUGUUGUUGUUACUGUUGUACAAUCUCAUGAAGUGUCUGUCAGAUGUUUGCAGCUUUCCCAUGGAGAGUGCCUACACAUUCUGCAUGAGUCAUCCUGCACAACACACACCUCCUAUACGCACACACACUAGUAUAUAAAUCAGGCAUGGAGCUGAAAUAGAAUGACUGCAUGCCCUCGGUUGCACACACACACACACACACACGUACACACAUAUUACAUUCACACAGGCCUUGUCAGUGAAACAUCAUUCGCUCUCUGGCUGUUUUCCGCUGUUGUACGGUCACCUCUGUCAGCAUUACUUCUGCACAAAUCCGCAUAAAUUGUGAGCCGUUUUCAUAUUCAUUCUGUGUGUUUUUGCUUGCCGUUUGCACUUGAACAUACUGAAAACCAACCCUCCUCGCAUCUGAUUGUAGAUAGCUGUAAAUAUUGUUCAAAGGUUUCAGAGAAGCGAAGGGAGAGCGUGCAGAUAAAGGAAGCUGUGGUGGGAGCGUGCAGUCUCCUGCGCAUUCUUUGUAUAGUCAAAACCUCCAAUCAGAAGUAGGACAGUUAAAGUUUUCUUCAUGUGAAAGCUUUACAUUGGGCUUUUUUUUUUUUGUAUGCUGUAGCAAGAGAAGCACUAACUGACUUUAAAGGAGGAACUCUAUGGAGACCAGCUAUGUUAAAGGUGACUAAAUGAUAAGUUAUAAAAUGAAUAAUCAUAUGACUGGAUGCAGAAAGAUGUAAUUGAACCAUGAAAUUGUGGAACUUGGUGAAUAUUUUAAAUUCAGAAUCAUUUUUGCAAUUCCACACUCUUCUUUAAUUUAAAAAAAUCCUGCAGUUAUUUUCAUUAAAAUGUUACUUGUGCGAUGAUAUUUUCAUGGUUAAAUUACACAUUUAGUCUUAAUAUUGUUGGCAUGAUUACUUAUUUUAUAACAUCAAAUAUACUUAUUGCCUAGUAACAGCUAUAGAUUGGGCCUCCAUAGAUAACUACAUUGGUGGCACAGAUUUUUGUGUAGGACCUGGUAAAGUUUACUUGAGUUGUUUGCCACCAGUGAGGUCACAGGGUACUUUCUGUUCAUCUUGCUGAGGAGUCUCAUACAAUAAAGGGAGUGAGGUUCGGAUUUGUUCUUCUGUGGCUGCAAGGGAAACUUCAGACCAUGUGAAGCUUAAAGAAAGCGCACUCAGUUGAACCUUUAUACUCAAGAAAAGCUGUGGUUUUCUGACACACCAGGCUUUUUUGUUACCAGCGAGGGGCAGGUUGUGCUCCUGUCCAGCAGGGCUUCAUGUCACAGGAGCUAAAGGAAAUCGGUACCGGAGGAUCGAAAUAGAAAAGAACUCCCACUCUUCCUGCCAAUCACUCUGGCUCACCCCUUUACAUUUCAUCUGAUCGCCUCAGAUCCUAACGAGCAGCGUACGGCGAGGAAUUUAGCCUAGACUUUGUGGGUAAUGUAGUUUGGUACUAUCGAGUCGCUCUGGCCCUUCAUUCCUGCAUGGUCCCUAUUGGUGUUCCAGCCAGCAUGAGAACAAGGACACAAACUGUGAAUCAUCUUUGUAUUUUUUAAAUAAAUUCCUCUGCAACAUUUAUGGCUUUGGUUUUGCAAAUGGGUUAUUUCUUUUAAGCUCUCAUUGUUUUUGUAAAUGAUUUUUCUUUGGUUCUUCUUUUUUUCGUUGGGAUUUUUUUAUUUGACUAAUUAUAAUGUAUAGAUAUUUAUUCUAGCAAUAGUCUUCCUAUUAAAAUAUACUGUGCUGAUGCAUCCUCUGAAUAACUGAAACUAACAUAUAAAUAUAUAUAUAUAUAUAUAUAUAUAUACAUAGAGAGAGAGAGAGAGCGAGAGAGAGAGCGAGAGAGGUGAUAAUAAUAAUCAAAUCUGCAAAAUGAUUUUCCUAAUAAAAAUAUGAACUCAG